AGCUGCUGCUGCCUCUCUUGCGGUUGAUGGUGUCAUGUGGCCCCUCUGCUUCAUCUCGGACAAGCUCUUCAAGAUGCCCGGAGACGACGCCGGCGAGGGGCCGCUGCCUCCCGACGGCCAACUCCCACUAGCGCGCCGGUCCUGCUCCAUCGAUGUUCCGCACGUGCAGCAGGCCUUCACCUGGGACUGCGGCCUCGCUUGCGUGCUCAUGGUGCUCAGGACGCUCGGGGUUGAUUGCUGCGACGGCAUUGCACAUCUCGAGAAGCUCUGCCGCACCACAAGCGUUUGGACAGUCGACUUGGCAUAUCUACUACACAAGUUCUCAGUUGUUUUUUCGUUCUUCACUGUGACAAUUGGAGCAAAUCCGCAAUAUUCUGCAGAAACCUUUUAUAGGGAGCAAUUGCAAGAAGAUAUUGAUCGCGUGGACGAGUUAUUUGGAAAAGCCCUUGAUGCUGGAAUCAGUAUUCAAUGCAGAUCCAUCAGUGCGUAUGAUAUUGCUUUUCUACUGUUAUCCGGGCACUGCAUAGCUAUUGCACUAGUGGAUAAAUCAAAGUUGAUUUCCUCUUGGAUGAAUGAUGUACAUGAUGUGCAACAGUUCGAUGAGGAUUCUGAUUACAUGGGGCAUUAUGUUGUAAUAUGUGGAUAUGAUGCUGAUGCCUGCGAGUUUGAGAUAAGGGAUCCUGCCAGUUCUAGAAAGCGUGAAAUGGUGCCAAUGAAAAGCUUAGACGAGGCCCGCAAAUCUUUUGGAACUGACGAGGAUAUCCUUUUGGUCUCGUUAACUGGAAAAACCCGAUGAUGCCGCCGUGUAAAGUCUGGCUGGGUCUCCAUGAACUGUUCACCGGCCUCCAGUCUCCUUGUGUAUACGCUGUACAUGGCCCUGUAGUUAUGCUUGCCACUUAUCAAGUCCGGUGUGUAGUUUGAGAGCUUUCUUACAGUCGAUAGAAACCCUACUGAAGUUAGAUAGAAGAAGCCAGCAAGGUUGAUAAGCUCACGCAUCACCUCAUCGCCAUGCUGGAGCUGCAAAUGGAGAGGCAGGAUCAGCGGCAACACUGCUCAGCAAGAACUGCCUCUGUAAAUCUUCUCUGCUUCAAGCACAAGUCGUGUACGACGAUAGCUGGACAGAGAUGUAGCAUAUGUACAGAUAUAUAUAUAUAUAUAUAUAUAUAUAUAUCCAGGAAUAAAUCUGGUGGCCUCCUGUGUCACAUAGUCGUA